CCGGCCGCGGGUGGGAGGAGAGAGCGGGAGGCCGGCCGGGCUGCGCCCCGGGUCGCCGCGCCGCGCCGUGACCUGUGCAGACCCCGCCGCCGCGCUCGGCCCGGCUCCCACGCCCCCGCCGCCCCGCGCACCAACUCCGCCGGCCGCUCCGCCCGCCCCGCGCGCUCGCGGACCCCCCCCCGGGGCGGCUGCCGGGGAGAGAUGCUGGAAGAAACUUCUUAAAUGACCGCGUCCGGCCGGCCGUGCAGCGUUUCUGGGUUGGGGAGAGGAAAGGAAAGUGGAAAAAAAACUGAGAACUUCCUGAUCUCGCUCGCUGUGAGACAUGUCUGAGACUCCUGCUCAGUGUAGCAUUAAGCAAGAGCGAAUUUCAUACACACCUCCCGAGAGCCCGGUGCCCAGUUACGCUUCCUCGACUCCACUUCAUGUUCCAGUGCCCAGAGCGCUCAGGAUGGAGGAAGACUCGAUCCGCCUGCCCGCGCACCUGCGCUUGCAGCCAGUUUACUGGAGCAGGGAUGACGUAGCCCAGUGGCUCAAGUGGGCUGAAAAUGAGUUUUCUUUAAGGCCAAUUGACAGCAACACGUUUGAAAUGAAUGGCAAAGCUCUCCUGCUGCUGACCAAAGAGGACUUUCGCUAUCGAUCUCCUCAUUCAGGUGAUGUGCUCUAUGAACUCCUUCAGCAUAUUCUGAAGCAGAGGAAACCUCGGAUUCUUUUUUCACCUUUCUUCCACCCCGGAAACUCAAUCCACACCCAGCCAGAAGUCAUACUGCACCAGAACCACGAAGAAGAUAACUGUGUCCAGAGGACCCCGAGGCCUUCCGUGGAGAAUGUGCACCACAACCCUCCCACCAUUGAACUGUUGCACCGCUCUAGGUCACCCAUCACAACAAAUCACCGGCCGUCUCCUGACCCAGAGCAGCGGCCCCUCCGGUCCCCCCUGGACAACAUGAUCCGCCGCCUCUCCCCAGCCGAGAGGGCCCAGGGACCAAGGCUCCACCAGGAAAACAACCACCAGGAGUCCUACCCCCUGUCGGUGUCUCCCCUAGAGAAUAACCACUGCCCUCCGUCCUCCGAGUCCCACCAGAAGCCGUCCAGCCCCCGGCAGGAGAGCACACGCGUGAUCCAGCUGAUGCCCAGCCCCAUCAUGCACCCUUUGAUCUUGAACCCCCGGCACUCCGUGGAUUUCAAACAGUCCAGGCUCUCCGAGGACGGGCUGCACAGGGAAGGGAAACCCAUCAACCUGUCGCAUCGGGAAGACCUGUACAUGAACCACAUCAUGGUCUCCGUCUCCCCGCCCGAGGAGCACGCCAUGCCCAUUGGGAGGAUAGCAGACUGUAGACUGCUUUGGGAUUACGUCUAUCAGUUGCUUUCUGACAGCCGGUACGAAAACUUCAUCCGAUGGGAGGACAAAGAAUCCAAAAUAUUCCGGAUAGUGGAUCCCAACGGACUGGCUCGACUGUGGGGAAACCAUAAGAACAGAACAAACAUGACCUAUGAGAAAAUGUCCAGAGCCCUGCGCCACUACUACAAACUAAACAUUAUCAGGAAGGAGCCCGGACAAAGGCUUUUGUUCAGGUUUAUGAAAACCCCAGAUGAAAUCAUGAGCGGCCGGACAGACCGUCUGGAGCACCUCGAGUCCCAGGAGCUGGAUGAACAGAUAUACCAGGAAGAUGAAUGCUGAAGGCACCAGCCCCGUCUCAGCGGCCGCGGCCCAGGGCGCCGCUGCCCCCGGACUGCCGGAGGCGGAGCAGGGGGCUGCAGAGAGUAGGAGGGGACGAGGCCCCGCGACGGGAGUGACACUGCUCUUGCAUACCAGGAGGGACCCAGAGCACCUUAGACAAACCACCCAGCAAAGGCAGGGCUGGAAUUCCGGCCGGCGGCACUAGCCCGGGACCCGCGUUCACGUUCCCCCCUCGUUCGGAAUCUGUCCAUCUGUAAUUCCUCACCCUCGCCCUUCCACCUGUUGUCAGUUUCACGGUAUUUUUGUUUUUUAUUUUUUUAUGACCAUGCAGUUUGACUUUCAUCAGUCACCUAGGGGAAGACAUGAGCUUGUUUUCCUAUGGAAAUAUUAUAUCUAUUAUAUAUAUAUAUUUUUUGCAAUUCUCACAAAGAGUGGCAAACCCAGCUCGUCAGGAAAGAGAAAACUUGCAAAAGGGUCCAGCUCUUCUUUCCCCCGCCACAUGGAUCAGGUCUGUUCC